AUUUCAAAGUAAGCUAGUCCUACAUUUGAAAUAUAUUUUUAUAUUUAUUCUUCACAUCAUUUCAGUCCAGAAAAUGCUGAGACUGCAGUAUUAUUGUAUUACAGGCUCCUGGAGACUAAACUAGGAAGCCAGUUCAGUACACCCAGGAUAGCUUUUCCUUAUUUGGCUUCACUUGCAUGAAGCUGGUUUUCAGCAACCUCCAGAACUGUGACGGUAAAAGUCUAAAAGUCAAUGUGGACGUGGCAAAACUUGCAGUUCCAGUGUCCACUUGUUCUCCAGGGUCAACUACGUAUAAGAAGAAGCUACUUUGAGCUUCUCCUUUAUUCACAAAGGAUUGCCACAGCAGUUCUGAUGUUCUCCCUGAUGCAAUUCCAGAGGGAUUUGUAUCUCCUUCCAGAAUUUGCUGAUCAGGCAAAUGUGAAAACUGCUGCAUGGUGGGAGCCCUAGUUUGAGUGUCCGUAAGCCUGUUUAUGCUAAACACUUUCUCCUUCUUAUCAGUUACGGCUUCCUGUCAUAUCCUGAGGUGUAACUCGGAUUUUGUGGCUGCAACGCUGGACCUGGGCAGCAGCAGUAGUGGCAGCGGCGGUGGGGCAGCAGGAGGAGGAGCAGCAGCUGUCAGCAGGCAGGCGGCGAACGCCGGUUACUGCAGUGCCCUGCGCUCGUACGCCAUGUGCACCAAGAGGCUGUCGCGAGCGUGUCGUGGUGACCUCGCUUACCACUCUGCGGUCCAAGGAAUCGAAGAUCUGCUCAUCCAGCAUCGCUGCCCCCGGGUCGGGCCCACGGCACAGCCCCGGGUCCCCCCUGCUGAAACGCUGUCGGGGGACACCUGCCUGUAUGAGAGGAGCUUCUUCAGCAGGGAGGGGCAGACACCCGAAUACCUGCACUGCAGCGUGUUCGGAGACCCGCACAUCAGAACUUUCAACAAUGACUUCCACACAUGUGCCGUUCCGGGGGCGUGGCCUCUCAUUGACAAUGAGUAUCUGUACGUACAAGCCACCAGCUCACCAGCCAGGGGAGGCAUGUACGCCACAGUUCUCACCAAGAUCACCAUCAUCUUCAAGAACUGGCGUCAGUGUAUCGACCAGCAGCUGUACCAGGCCGAACUGGACAACGUCCCCGCCGCCUUCGCUGACGGCUCGAUGUGGAGCGGCGAGUGGCGAGGUCAUCGCAGCCUCACGGUUCGGUCUCUGAAUCCCGGCCGGCACGCCGAGAUCCGAGCGGUGCACGUUGGCACAGUGUUGGUGGUGCGUCAGAGCGGCCGCUCGCUCGGCCUCUCAGUCCUCUCGCCACGUGGCGUCGUUGAGGCGUUCAGGCCUGAGCAGGACCUCCAGCUGUGCGUGUGGGGCUGCCCCCCCUCCCAGAGACUCAACACGCUUCACCCACCACCAUCAGACCCUUUGAUGUCCACCGCCAUCAGCGCUGAGGACCACUGCGCGGCUCUGCUUCCAGCUCGAGACGUCUACUAUCAGGCCUGCGUAUUCGACCUGAUCGCCAGCGGAGACCUGAACUCCAGCAUGGCCGCUGUCAGUGCACUGCAGGAUGCCCAAACCAUGAUCCCAGACAGGGAGGGGGUUCACCUGCUGCUGGUUGGAUCUGCAGGGCACACACGACCUCACCUCACGCUGCUGCUGCUGCUGCUUAGCAUUUUGGGAACUCUUAGCAGGCCCUGAGAAACAGGAAGUGACCUCAGACUGUGAAGCUGAAGGAAAUGUUUGGAAAAUUUCCCAAACACAGCACCUGGAAGAGGACCUAAACGUGACGUCCCAGACGCUGACAUCACUGCUGACACCUGAAGCUGGUUUCAUGGUCCCACAGAGGAAGCUCCCGUGCAGGCGUGGCCCGUCUGCCUGUCUUUGUGCUGUUGUUGGUCCGUUAGCUAGCCACGGAGAAAAGUCAAGCUCUAAAACACAAAGAGCUGAAUUGAAACUGAGACAAGUGUCACUGCAGCCUGUUUGUUUCGCUCUUUGAACUUUAUGCUACGGUUCUCCCGUUAAACUCUUUUUUCACUCCCUCUUGUAUCCAGACCAGUCGACAUUAGGCAGUUACUCACAUCAUGUAAU